CUGUCACGUAGAAAUGUCAAGAGAUUGCGUAUUUGCCCGGAGACGUUCGCUCCGUCAAGUUGUGCUGUCUUUAGCUGCUGCUGCCUUUGAGAUCUCGAAUUCGUGAUCGUGUAGGAGGUCAAACCUCGUGAGACAGAUUCGCCUGAAAUGGCCGCAGUCAUGAUGUCAGGUGGCGCCGUCCUCCUGACGAUCUUGGCGGCCGUUCUUGUGGGCAGCGAAGGCGCCGCUUCGAUUGUGCUGAAAUGCGACGAACAGUGUCACUGCGACACAACUGUCAAGGGCAUCUUGAAGGAACGUCGCAUCGUUUGCAACGAGACAGGAUCAGAGCCCGUUCACCUGACGGAGGAGGUCUUUCUGCCGAAGUCGAGAGAGAUCAUCUCUCAAGUCUACGUCCGGGUCGAGAGGAGCGUUGGAGUCACCAUCACAGAGGGAUUCAUCGCAGGCUGGAAAGGUUACCCUUCCUCUGCCCUCGAUGUGUGGGACGUGGAGUUCCUCUCGCUGCCCAAGAACCUGAAUGACCCUGGGAAAUCGAACCCGUUGAGGCACACGUUUGCAGGCAUUGGUAUCAAAGGCUGCACUGUGGACGAACUCCCUAGAUACCUGUUCAGCGGCAAACCCAAGGCGGGGCUGCGACUGAUUCAGUCGACUGUCGGAAUCGUGCGAGCCGAUGCCUUCAGCAACGUGAACGCGCUGAGUUACCUGGAAGUAGAGGAUUCCGACAUCGGGAUUUUCAAAGGCCCGGCAAAUGAAACUGGCAGACUCGUGGUUACAAAAGAAGAGUCUAUCUACGGCGUUUGGUUCCACAACUCGGUCAUCGGUAGAAUCGAGUCGGGAGUUUUCAACCUGACGAGUUUCUCCGUUCACGGAAUGCUCCUGGACAACGUGACGAUAGGGCGCCUGGAUACAGACGCUGUAGUGAUGAGCAACAUCAACCUCGUCCUGCAGAACUCCAGCGUGGCGGACUUGCAGGCUGGCGCCCUCAGAACGGAAGGUGGCGGGACUGUCAGAAUGAAGAAUAACCAUAUUGCCGCCCAGCCUGGCGCUCUGACUCACCUGAAGUGUUCUUUCACUGAUCACCACAUCACCGGUAAUUAUAUUGACGUUCCAUUUUCGGAUGCAGAGGAACCUGUCGUAGAUUCAGAUUCGGAUGAGGCGACCAACGGGACGGAAACGAGUUCCGAACCUUCUUAUACGUCUCCUCCGUACAAAAGUCGCACUCUGUAUGAGCUAGCUUCCAGCCGUUUGAAGCAAGUGCUUGACCCGACAUGCGUACCUUACAAUCUCCCCAGGUGGGCUACAGAAGCUGCUUGUGGCCUGCAAGCAUCUCCCCGAGCCGAGAGACAGACUUCUGAUCUGAUGUACGUAGUUCUGUACUGUCUCAUUGGCAUAUGCGUCAUUGCAGUCAUUGCGACUGUAGCAUUGUCUUGCGGUUUGGUCAGUUCGAAGAACAGGAGACGAAGGGUACCGGAUAAGUCACCCGUCGUCCUGAUGACCCAGAUCAAUGACCCCCUCUAUGAGGAAGCGUCUAAUUUUCUGAUGCCACCGCCAGUUCCCGCCCCGAUCCAGUUCACUCCCGAGGGUAAGGGCGCCUGUGGUUCAAGCCAAGAUGCGGCGACUUCGCCCGCCUGGAAUGGAUGCAGCAGUGGUGCUCCGGACAACUCCAGAGUGGAGAAUGCCUACAUGAAUAUGCGUUAAGCUUCACACAACACAAACUUGAAAUAAACAGGCUUAUGACGGUAAUGAUUUGGAACCCCUUCUGAGUUGUCUACUUGAGCAAUAACACAACCCUAGUUGACGAUGUCUUCGUCCUCUCUGUCUAGAAAGCGAAGAUCAUGCCAGUGCCACAGGUUGUGAAAGGAAAGAUGGAUGUCAAUGAAAGUUCUAUUCUACUGUACUUGUAAGCGUUUCCCCAUUUUUAUAUCUUUAGACUUUAAAAUGUCGGCAAGAAUCCUGUUCACAGAGCGUAUGUUUCCUGCUUAAUGUACAAUCACUCAUUAAAAUGAUUACUAUGAAUUUAAUAGAACACAGAGAACUCUCGCUGAUUGAAGUCACAGUUGGACGCUGCGCAUCUAUCCAGAACCAAUAGAAUCUUUCACUUUAUCUCUCUCGACUAGAUACUGCAUUAUAGUGUUAAUUUUCAUUAAAAAAAACGCCAUGGUAGUUGUGUUACCAGUUCUGCCAAAGAUGGAUCAUAUAUUUCAAGAAGUGACACGGCGCUGCAAUUCUGGACCUGCUACUUCCUAAGCCAAAGAGGAAAGAAGAAAAAACCUACUGGAUGGAUGUGAUUGAUCGUAUUCGAAACUUUUCUCCAAACUGCAAUGUGUCGACUUUGCUUAUGAGAUCUUAUGCGAUGUUAUUUGCAGUGGUUGCCAAUGAACGCAUUUGCUUCGAGUCAACAAUAGGCCACCCACACAGUUUACCCUGGUUACUUCAUUAACCCCAAAAUAUAUGAUAAAUUGAAAGUAUGCAUGUAAGUAAAACUAUGAUUAGUCAACAUUAAAUUCUUGCUCUCUCAAUGUAUGCCAUGUUACUGUUAAAAUUACAGUUAAAAACAGACAUUGAAGAGCAGUAAUGUCUACCUGCCUACCUGCAUGUAAUAACGAAUGCUUAGAGAAGAUGAAUUCACAACAGGUAGAAACUAUAAGUGACUUAAGCCUUAAUUAUGAAUCUCACUAUUCCCGCCACAGAUAAUGAGGCAAACCAAAUUUGAAAUGUGCAGAUCUGUCAUUAGUGAAUGGAUUUCAUGCUGCUUCGAAUUUGUAGGUCAUGAAUGAAUGCGUGUUUUAUGUUGAUUCUUUUUAUGAUAAAUAUUUUCCACAGAAGUCGCGGUUUGUCAUGUCCUUUUGCAAAUUGAUUAUUUAUUCCUUGACGAAUCCAUUGCAGAACUUGGCGAUUAUUAUUAGAUAGUAGUAAUUGAGUAAUGAAGGUCAUAGAUUUUUGGUCAUGAUUAUUUAUUGUCUUUCUACGCGAAUUCAAAUUAAUUUUUUUAUCUUUUGUUUUUGUAGAUAGAUUUUUCAUCCAUGUGGUUUAUGAAAAAACACACACAUCUAUAAAUGUGGAUCUCAAUUUACCGUAGAUUUCAGUAUGAUCUAACUAUUCGUGUAUGAAUUGGGAAAUUUUAGCGCAUUUGUAUCAUAAUUAUGUUAAUCCCCACAUUGUUUACAUGGAUAUUAAUAGUGGUUAUACCAACCACAUGUUGAAGAUAUUUAUUUCACUGUUGCAAUGUCUGAUGUACAAUAAGUAUUCAUUAUGUACAAAUGUUGCAUAUAAAGGUUGAUGGAAUGGAUAACCAAAACAGGAAUCAGGAGGAAGGAAAAGAAGAAAAAACGGUAACAGAAACAGGAAGCAAUGACAGUUUGGAAUCUUUGUGAAAGGUAAAUGAAAAUAAGAAGUGAUUAGUAUUUUU